AUGUACGCCCCCGUUUUCCCUCCCUGCUUGCCCUCGUUUCCCCACCUUGCACGCCCUCAUUUUCUCCCUUGUACGCCUUAUUUUCCCCCUUUGCACAAUCGCAUUUCUUCCCCUGAUUGCCCUCAAUUCUCCCCUGCUUGCCCUAAUUUCUCCCCUUCUCCUCCCUCCAUGCCUUCUCCUCCUCCCGCCAUGCCUUCUCCUCCUCCUGCCAACCCCUCUCCUCCUCCCACCAUGCCUUCUCCUCCUCUCGCCACCCCUUCUCCUCCUCCCAACAUACCUUCUCCUCCUCCCAACAUGCCUUCUCCUCCUCCUGCCACCCCCUCUCCUCCUCCCACCAUGCCUCCUCCCCCUCCCGCCGUGCCUUCCGUCCUCCCGCCAUUCCUUCUCCUCCUCCCACAUCUCCGCCCCUGCUUCUCACCAUUUCACCUCCUGCUUCUCCUAUUUCCCCCCUUUGCUCCUCCUUCUCCAUGUUCUCAACUUGUCCACCUCCGCUCUUUUUCGCCUCUGCUUCUCUUCUCCCCCUCUCCUCCUCUUUUCCUUCACUGCUCCUCUUUCCCCAUUCCCCUCCUCUUAUCCCCCCCUACUCCACUUCCCCUUUCUGCUCCUCUUGUCCCCCUCUGCUCCCGUUUUCCCCCUCUGCUCCUCUUGUCCCCCUCUGCUCCUCUUGUCCCCCUCUGCUCCUCUUGUCCCCCUCUGCUCCUCUUGUCCCCCUCUGCUCCUCUUGUCCCCCUCUGCUCCUCUUGUCCCCCUCUGCUCCUCUUGUCCCCCUCUGCUCCUCUUGUCCCCCUCUGCUCCUCUUGUCCCCCUCUGCUCCUCUUGUCCCCCUCUGCUCCUCUUGUCCCCCUCUGCUCAUCCUUUCCUGUACUGCACCUCUUUCCACCCACUCCUCCUCUUUUCCCCCUCUGCUCUUGUUUUUCCUCCCUGCUCACUCACUCACCCAUUUGA